AUGCUUAUCCGACAUAAUUGGGAUGUGUCCUACAUUUGUAGCACCGAUGUCCAAUUCAAAGGCACAGGCAACCCCGACACAGGUGAGGAUUGGAAAGGUGCACCUGACAUCGAUCACACGAAUCCAAAAGUACAACAAGAACUAUCAGAUUGGAUGAACUGGUUGAAAACAGAAGUUGGUUUUGUUGGAUGGAGACUAGACAUGGUUGUCGGAUAUGCUCCAAGGUUUACAAAAAUCUACGUAGAGAAAACAUCACCUGAUUUCGCAGUUGGAGAGCUUUAUCGAGGCGUCGAAUUGGGCUCAGAUGGGAAACCAUUGGCUAACCAAGACGCGCACCGCGAAACUUUGGUUAAUUGGGUUAAUGAUGCUGGUGGUGUUGUAACUACUUUUGAUUUUACUACUAAAAUGAUUUUAGGUGCUGCUGUUGAAGGUGAGCUUUGGAGGAUGAAAGAUGCUAAUGGAAAACCACCAGGGAUGAUUGGAAUAAUGCCAUCAAAUGCUGUUACUUUUGUGGAUAAUCAUGAUACUGGUUCUCAGAAAUUAUGGCCAUUUCCAUCUGAUAAAGUUAUGUUGGGUUAUGUUUACAUUCUUACUCAUCCUGGUCACCCAACAAUUUUCUAUGAUCACUACAUAGAAUGGGGAUUAAUGGAGCCUAUAAAGAAAUUGAUAGCAAUAAGGAAGAGGAAUGGAAUUACAGCUACAAGCAGUGUGAAUAUUUUGGCUGCUGAAGGUGAUCUCUAUAUGGCUAAAAUUGAUGAUAAGAUUAUUGUUAAGAUUGGACCCAAAUUGGAUCUUGGAAACCUUCUUCCAUCAAAUGCAGUAGUAGCUACAGAUGGACAAGAUUAUGCUGUGUGGGAAAUUAAGUGA